UUGAAGCUCCUCCCUCAGAACCUCCUCUCUGCUCAACGCACAGUUAUCUGCGUCGUGGUCACACGUCCUACAACCAGCAUGCCCAUCAUCAGCAACGCCAACCACGACUUCAGCACCUACUCCAUCAGCAGCGACGACAGCAGCCUGGACCGCUUCUUCACCGAGAUCCCGGAGACCGAGACCAUCAAGGGCGCUUACUUCCAGCGAGCGCAGCAGCUUCGUGAGCCCGAGUCCUGGUCCGCGGUGGACCACACUCUGCAGGUCCUCAUCAAUGUCGGGGGCAACCGCUACACCUUCCCCUGGAGCACAUUGGAGCAGUUUCCCCAGAGUCGCCUGGGACGCCUCCGCUCCUGCACCACCCCCGAGGAGAUCGCUCGACUCUGCGACGACUACGACGAGACGUGCCGCGAGUAUUUCUUCGACCGGAACCCGACGGCCUUCAGGGUCAUCCUCAACUUCCUGGCAGCAGGAAAGCUGCGUCUCCUUCGGGAACUGUGUGCCGUGUCCCUGCACGACGAGCUGGCCUACUGGGGCGUGGACCCGGGUCACAUGGAGCGAUGCUGCCGCCGCCGCAUGACCACCCGGGUGGAAGACGUGGCGGAGAGAGAGAGAAAGGAGGAGGAGUGGAGGCAGAAGAGGAUGACGCUGAAGAAAAGCACCUCAGAGGCUGAGAAGGGCCACGGAACCCUGAUCGGGAUCCUGAGGGAGGUGGUGGAGAACCCCCACUCGGGACUGGCUGGGAAGAUGUUCGCCUGCCUCUCGGUCCUCAUGGUGCUGGUCACCGUCAUCAGCCUCUGCAUCAGCACCAUGCCGGACCUCCGGGACGAGGAGACCAGGGGCGAGUGUUCUCAGAAGUGUCACAGCAUGUUCGUGGUGGAGUCCAUCUGCGUCGCCUGGUUCACGCUGGAGUUCUUUCUGCGAUUUGUCAACGCCCAGAGCAAGCUGGCCUUCGCUCGCGGCCCCCUCAACAUCAUCGACGUCAUCGCCAUCCUCCCGUACUACGUGUCGCUGGUCAUCGAUGUCAGAGACGAGUCCCAGGACGAGGUCAUGGUGGGCGCCGGCAGAGGCUACCUGGACAAGCUGAGCCUGAUCCUGCGGCUGCUGCGGGCGCUGAGGAUCCUGUACGUGAUGCGUCUGGCUCGCCACUCGCUGGGCCUGCAGACGCUGGGCCUGACCAUGCAGCGCAGCAUGAGGGAGCUCGGCCUGCUGCUGCUGUUCGUCUGCGUGGCCGUGACUCUCUUCUCACCUCUGGUCCAUCUGGCGGAGAGCGAGCUAGCGCCGUUCGCCGCCACGCACCCUCAACACCGGUUCAGCAGCAUCCCAGCGUCUUACUGGUGGGCCAUUAUCUCCAUGACCACGGUGGGCUACGGGGACAUGGUGCCGCGCAGCAUCCCCGGACAGGUGGUGGCCCUGACCAGCAUCCUGAGUGGCAUCCUCAUCAUGGCGUUUCCCGCCACCUCCAUCUUCCACACUUUCUCCCGCUCCUAUCAGGAGCUGAAGCAGGAGUAUGAGCGGCUGUGGAAGGAGGAGAGAGGCGAGGAGAUCGCUGCCGAGUCCGAGAACAGCUGGUCCAAGGUGGAUUUGUCUCCUGAUGAGGUCACGUCUUUCUCCAAGGACGACAAGGACGGGAAGGACGGACCGAUGUCCAGGGAGAGUCGUCAGUCCACACUUCCUUCAACAGCUUUCUAACUGAGUGGACGACUUGAUCAGUUAUACGUUAAAAUGUGACAAUCGAAUCCAGUGGCCUGUUAGGGUCAGGGUCAGGGUCAGUGUAGGAUGUGGUGGCAUCUAGUGGUGAGGGAACAGAUUGCAGCUAGGAGAAAACUGUUUGCACAUUAAAUGUUGUGUAGUCAGUGUCAGUGAAGCAGCAGCAGGUUGUCGGGUCCGACUCGUUCAAACAGGAACAUGUGGGAACAUCCAGGCGAGGGGCGGAGCCUGUAGAGCAGCAGGGGCGGAGCCUGUAGAGCAGCAGGAGGCGGGACAUGACGUAUAAACUCUGAGGUGGAAACAUCAGUGUUCAUCCACACCGGAGUCGGCCCUCAUCACCAGAAGAUCUGGAAUCUCCUCGUGUUUCCAAGUGGACGUCUUCAUCUGCUACGUGUCCGGCUCCUCUUCUUCAUCCUGAGAUGUUUGUGUUCUUCAGGUUUCACGUCACGUGUUAGAAACCUCAUCAACACGUCCACUCGCUCACUGGGAAGCUUCCACACAUCGUCCUGCUGGUUCCUCUCAUGGACUCAGUCAACUCUCUGGAUUUUACCCACACUGCCUGAUCGUUGUUGAUUCCCUCCUGAGACAGUUAAUAGAUUUAGACGCGGCAGAGUCUGUGAAAUGCAGAGCAAUGCAUUGUGGGUUUAUGUACAUUUUGUUAACACUACCUUUGUGUAAAAAGUCCUCUAUUGCAUAUUUCCAUUAAAUCAAAUAUUCUAGAGAUUCAAACGCGUGUCACACGAGAAGAGGACGUGAAUCAGGAGCUGGACCGAACUUAUAAUAACAAUAGUUCUGGUGUUAAGUGAAGAUAACUUGGCUGCUUGUCGCACAACGAGCUGGAUCCACUGUUGUGUCAUCGAAUCUGAAGCUGAUGCCAAAGAGCUCGAUGGUCGAUGCUUCUCAUUACAGGAGACAAGUCGGGGACAGGAGGACGGACAAGAGGACGGACAGGAGGACGGACAGGAGGACGGACAGGAGGACGGCCUCAUCACAUGCUGCUCUGCUUUGGGACAAGAGAAGAUUUUUGAGUCCCCUGACCUGAGGAAAGUCCCUGGUGUCUUUAAUGUCCAGAAUAAUCUCAUCGUCCACUCAGACGUCUCAAGUCCUCUCCCUGUGCUCAACAGCCAUUUAAAUAAAAGAUUAAAUCUUGAACUGCUCUGCUUCUGUUUCUGUCUCACACUCCCAGAAAAGACAGGACAGGACAAGUGUACAAAUGCGAUCAGAAUCAGAAUCAGAAUCAGAAUCAGAAAGUAUUUAUUGCCAAGUAGGUUUACACCUACAAGGAAUUUGCUCUGGUUAUUGGUGCUUACAAUGAACAUAGAAACAUAAAUCGCAAUAAAUAAAACAUUCGUAGGAAAAGCAAUAAAAAAUAGAAAACCAGUAUAUAUUUACUCACUGUUUACUUCUUAUUUACUCACUUUUUUCCAAUAUUUAUACAAAGUAGCAUUUAUUUUGACAUAAACAUUUCUGAAUAAAAAUAUAUGAAAGAUAAAAGAUAUAAAAAGUGAAAUGCAAAAUGCAAAACAGUCAACAGUGUCCGAUUGCAAUAUGCAAUGUAAUACAAUAUAAUAUAAUAUGAGAGAUGUGAUUAUCAGAACAUUUCUAAAAUCACAUUGUGAAGCAGAGAGAAAGAGAAAUGGUGCAGUGGACGUGUUCAGUUUGAAGUGAGCUGAAGUGGUUUGAAUCCCAGAUGGACGUGUUGAAGACACUCAGACGGUGUCGCUGCCAGCGCCACUUUCACCCAAACUCCAAACAAUGGAAACAUUGAAUCGUCUCCUCGUCAUGGUCCUCCACCUCCUCCACCUCCUCCACCUCCUCCUCUUCUCCUCUGUGCUGCCUGCUGUCCUCACCGAGGAGACACUGGACUCUUUCUCUUCUUAAGAGGUUCACAAAAUCACAUAAUUAAGUUUUUAUUCAGUUAUAACUUCAGAGAAGGAAAAGGAUGAAGACGUUGAGUCCUGUGGUCGAAGGAGCCAUAACGACUUUAGAUCAAAUUAUUAGGAACUAAUCAUUUUCAGUUUAAUUUGUCUCGGCUGAGAAAAGUGCUCGUGAGCAUCUGUUGGUUGAAGGAAAUGUGCAAAUAAAUCUUAAAGAAUAUUGUCAUUCAUUUUCUUGGGAUGAAGAAGGAUUUUGAGCAAUAGAAUGGAUUCUUAUUAGAUCCACUGUAAUGUGCAGAGAUAUUAGAAUCAGAAGCUGCAGUGGGGGA